GUUAGUGGCAUUACUGCCACGCUAUCACUGUCGAUGAUAUUUUUCCUUAUAAAUCGAUUUAGACGCAAAAAAUUGAGGGCACGUGAAAAUCGUCAAACGGCCGAGGAUCAACGUAGCAUUGUGGGAAGUAUAGGUUAUAUUGCUGGCAAUAUGGGUUAUAUGGAGGGCAAUCUCAGUAGCAUGGAUUAUACAUAUGGUGGAGCGGCCCACUACCCCUUGUGGAAACCACCAAGUGGAUAUUUUCCACGUGGUGAAGCUCCGCCGCCAUACGAUGAGGCGGUGGCCAUAUCACAGGCUGAGGCCUUAAGUGCCCAGUGUGCAGCAGCUGCGGCGGCAGCUCAGGUAGCUGCCAAUCAAAGAGCCACAAUGGGCAUGAAUUCGGUGGAGUUACAAACGGCCGAUAUGAAUCGAAGGGCCCAACAGCAAAUGCAACAAAUACAACAUCAUGCGCAACCACAGCCGCAGCCAUCGUCACAUGGUCCAAUGAGUCAUCAGACGACGACGACGGGUCAUAUUGUGCCCACAUUACAGGCUCACGUACUGACGGGGCCAUCACCACAGGGCCAGACGACGGCCACAAAUCCGGCACAAUCACAUCAAAUUACCCAGAGUACCACCAAUUUAAUAAAUAUCAAUAUAAAUAGUGGUGGAAAUAUUACCACCAUAGCCACCGGAGAGAACCAUCAACCACCCUAUAGUUUACAAGAUGAAUCGCAGCACCAGCAGCAGCACCAACAAAUGCAAUUGCAGCAUCAUCAUCACCAACAACAACAGCAGCAGCAACAGCAUCAUCAAGCUCAGCAGCAGCAAAUGUUGGCUGCCACCACUUCGUCCACCACAUGUGUUGGGAAUAAUGCCAACAAUACAAAUCGUUUGCACGUAGCUCAAAGUAAUUCCAUUUGUGUGCAGACAAUGACACCAAUUGUCUCACAACACCAGCAACAACAUCAUCAAAUGGCUGCUCUUCCCCAGCAGCAACAACAACAACCGCAGCAGCAGUCGUCGUCAUCAUCCGCCACCCAAAGUGUUUUACAGUCAGCCCAAAUAAUGACAUCAACCUUAACGGCAAAUGCUUCGACAACAGCCUCCCUAAGUCGACAGCACCAACAACAACAAUCUGGUGGAACAGCAGUACAAACAUUGGUCGGUUCCAACGAUUGUGGUUAUAAAAAUUGCCAUUUGAAUGGAACAACUGUGGGGGGCAGCAGUAACAGUGGCAAUACUGUGUCACGACGUCUGCAGCGAACUGCCGCCGACCAACUACCGCCACUACAACAAUAUGUGGUUGAUGUGGAGGUGAAUGUAAGUCAAGGUUCUCAUCGAAGUGGGGGUGGUGGCUAUCAUUCACUGCCACCCUGUUCGUCGAAUGGCAACGGCUCGGAAAAUGGUGAAGUAAUAGCAUCUCCCACCCAAUUUGGCAAUGCUUCACCAUCGCCCUCCUCCCUAACACAGGCCAUUUCAACACCUGCCAUAGAUGUGGAUGCCUCAGCAGCCACUAAUGAUCAUUUGUCAACAUUUUCCACGGCCACAAAUUCGGAAAAUCAUCAUCUACUACCCAUGGCGACAUCGGGUCACAACACUUUGCCUCUACAACAUUCACAAUCUAGUAAAACAUCUAAUGGCGGUGGUGGUGGUUCAAAAACCACCUCCUCCUCGGGAUCUUCAUCGAAACGUUAUCAUCGUACAAUGCCACGUUACUACGCUGUGGCCGAUCCCCUAACACAAAAUCUCACAAAUAGCAAAUCAUCCAAAGCAGAUGCCAAACUCUCGGCUGGCAACUCUUCGGCAAAUAGCAACAUCUCGUCAGCAUCGACAACCUCCUCGUCGAAUGCCUCCAACUCCUCGUCAUCUUCGAAGAAGCCAACCUGUCAAUGCCCCGUACAGCAUGUGCCAAUGUCGUAUAUGGGUUCGACCCAGCUCAGCAAUGCUCAAAAUGCCACCAACAAUGCUUUCUUCACUGUCCUUAGCAACAAAUUGAAUUCUAAUUCGUCUGCCUCGAAUUCACCCUCACCCAGUCAACAUUCAUCGACUUCGUCGCGGCUACAAGGAAAUUCGAAUAGCAAUUCUUUGAAUUAUCAAAGAUCGGCAAAGACGAACACAACAUCACAAGCAUCGUCAUCACAGCAAACCGAUAACAGUAACAUGAUUGCCAAUUCGGCCAACAACACAAUGAAACGGUCCGGCAACAACAUGAGCGGGGGAGGAGGUCACUGUAAUUAUGAGGGGAAAAUUGCCACAAUAUCGUCGGGUGAACUUACAACGUCAUCCAAUAACCAACAACAGCAGCAACAUCACCAUCAUGGACAUGCCCAUAGUCACAGUCACAAUCAUCAUUCGUCAUCGUUAAUGUUGCCACCACCGCAACAUCAUGACGAUUCUUCGCCCAUAGUUUUGGGUCGUGUCACCAAGCGCAGCUCGAGCAGUAGUGGUGAUCGUUUACGCAGUGCCAGUAGUGGCAGUAGCCGGGCAUCGAUGGUUGACAGUACCACCAUAACAUCGCCAGCUGCUGCUGCCUAUUUGAAUAGCAAGGUUGAUGCCUAUUUAAGUUUUGCCCAUGGAUCGGGAGCAGGACACCACCUGAAAGGCUAUAACAAUGAUAUCAUGAAUCCAGCCUUACCACCGAAAUUACACAAAAGUUUAACGAAUUUAAAAACUUCAUCAUCCGCCGCCUCCUCCUCCACGGGCCACAAUAACCACCACCAUCAACAACAACAACAACAGCAACACAACAACACUAAUGUGAUCGCCACAUCAUCAUCAUCGGCUACAACAAAUACUUCACAUCGAAAUAAUACGUCAUCCCACAAAAUGAACGAGGGUGGUGGCGGCUCCUCAUCAGCAAAUUGUUCGAAUACCAUAAAUGGUGGCGCCUAUAGUAGUACCCUGAAUCCAUCCUCCACAUCCACAUAUUUGGCAGCAGCUGCAACAGGAGCAUCUUCAACCAACU